UGAGUCAAGAUGGCACGGUUGAUAAUCUGGGUGGCCGUCUUCGUGUUAUGUGCAUCCUGUGAUGGGAGGCUACUGGAGAAUUUGAAGACGGUGAGGAAUGUUUUAUUUCAUUGCUUAUAUGCUUAACAUCCACACAUGCUCAACAUGAACAUAAUAUUCAGAGACAUGUUUCUUUUGCGUUUCUGUUUAGCUUUGGCAAAAAUGUAAAGGCUGGCUUCAUCGUCCAAUCCAACUGGAUAUGGCUCCAAACUCUGUGGAUGACAUGUACGACAAAUGUGAAGAAGACAUGGAGAAAAAAAUAACAGACUUUUUACAAAAUGAGAUAAACAAAAGUAAGUACUUCAAACAGGCCUGGGAUAGUGCCGAGAAAUACUACAACGAGAAUUGGAGGAGUAACCCGCCGCUGAAGAAGGAACAAAUCAUGGCUCUUUACGCGUACACCCUGAACGUCUCACAGCUGUACAGCGUAUUCAACAACGCAGUCCGAAAACAAAAAUCUGUGUACAAAACCAACUUCCCGUAUCACACUCUGCACUUCUACCUCACCAAGGCCCUGCGCACCAUCAACCCCAAAGCAGAAAAUUGUGUCACCGUUUUCCGGAGAACAAACUGCAAAUUCAGCAAACCUGUUCUCAAUAAAGAGAUUCGUCUUGGCGCUUUUUCCUCCAGUUCAGUGGAUGGCUAUCCUUGCGAGAAAACGUUUGGUAACCAGUCAUGCUUUGAGAUCUCCACCUGUUUUGGAGCAGACAUCUCAAAGUUCUCUAAAAUUAAAUCAGAAAAAGAAGUCCUGAUCCCUCCGUAUGAAGUUUUUAAAGUAACAGAAAUAAAAAAAGACAACACACUUCCUUGUGAGGUUGUCUACAAGCUGCAGAGCACAAACACACCUCGUUCCAAUUAAUUCACAUUUAUCGUGCACGAGUUUUAACCAUUACCUUUUCUUUUUUUAACUUUUUCUUUCCCAUAAAAAGUAAUCCCAAACUAGUUCUAGUCUGCUUUUUUUUCUGAUCCAAUAGCCUGCUUGUUAGAGCAGAUGGCUUCUCAAACUGAGCUUUGGGAUGAUACCUGAAUGCGGAUUCAGACAUCUUUUUGACAAGCUACAGUAAGUGUUUAAAAUAUUUUAAUGCUCAUGUGAAUAAGGAAACUAAAAUAAUUCAGAAAACACAGAAAAAAAAUCCCACCAGUGCUUUUACUACAUUGUGGCACUUUGUGACCCAUUAAUCUGCAUACAGUGUUUAAUAUGAGUCAUUCCUUCUUUCCGUCGCCACAAGCUUGAUCCAGAUGUUCAUUUGCUGCAAAGUCAGGAACUCAUAAUAAUAAGCUGGGCUGCUUUAGAUUGUAAUUUUUUAAUGUGACUACAAUGAAACGAUCAUCUGCAUUUGACUGUAUUGUAUUAUAAUUUGAAUUUUUGUUUUUUUGCUUAUAUGUUGAUGAUGGUGUAUCUCAAAUAUAGCUGGUUUUUUGUGUCUUCUGUCUUUUAACAUUUUGCGUGUUAGGACUAAAGGGAAAAAACAAUUAAAAACAAAGAAUAGUGGAGGCGAAUCAACUUAAAGAGAAGCGAGAUACCAAGAAUAAGGUGUGAACAGUUCAAAGUCAGAAGCAAACACUGACAUCUUGCACACAAGUAACAGGAAGCUGCAGCUCACAAUUAACAGAAAAAGACUGUGACUUAGGAACUUUGAGGUUUACAUUUGCAACAAUAAAAAAAAGUGUUCUGUUUUGCAGAUACAUUUAGAUGUUUUUAUUAUCUGUUGAUAGUUUAGCUUAUGAACUUCUGCUUCUGCAUAAAUCAGUGUGGAGCAGCGUUGGGCAGAAGCCUUAUUCAUUUUACUCGCUCAGUGUUUUUGUAUUUUGCUCUUUUCACUUUAAUUUCUUUCGAUCCUGAUCUAUUUCAUGAUUUUAAUUUUUCUGCCAAGAGAAAAUAAACAAUUAAACUAACACACAGAAACCAUUUUUUAUAUUUUGAUAUUCAUUCUUCCAGAAACUCUUCAUAUAAUUUCAGAGUUGUCUGCUGAGUUAAGAAGUCAAAGUUGAUGAAGAAAAGUAAAACUUUGCUGGAUUGACCAAUCAAACUGGAUCAGGCUCCAAACUCUGCUUGACAAAUAUGAAGACAUGGAGACAAA